AUGCCCAGAUCAAGUCUGAAACGAAGAAGGGCCAAUAAGGCACUCGACAAUCCGUCGGAUGGAACUGAUGAAACUGAACUGGACUACGCUUUGCUGAAGAAGCUGUCUCGAUUGGCCAUGUUGGUGGUGGUUCUGUUUCUCGGAACGAAUACAUUCAGGCAAAUCUACGAGGAAAUUCUUCCCGGUGCUUUAAACAUUGGCAAACGCAGCUUACGCAGCACUAACGAAAAAGAGGAGGAAUCUUACACACUUGUGGUGGUAAACUGUCGUGUAAACAUGACAUGGCUGCUCCAAGUGCCAUCUGACUGGCGCAUUAUUGUCUAUGAAAAGUGUGGUAGACAAGAGGAACUGUCUCACGUGACUUAUCACACACCUACCAAUGCAGGGGCAGAAGAGUGCAAUGGAUAUCUGGACUACAUGCACGACUAUUACCAAGAUCUGACCACGGUCACAGUCUUUAUGCAUGGAGAUGGCCUACGGUCGUUUUCCAGGCACAGUGGCACCAGUGCUCACACACCUUUUGACACAUUUGAGCCCAUUGCCAAUGCCACAAGACAGUUUGUCACCAGAGAACACCCAUUUCUUCAUUUUGGAAUAAAAGAACUUGCGGAAUGGUGGGGUCGAGAUCCCAACCACGGGCAAGCCAUGAAGAUUCUAUGGCCACUCUUUCGACUGUCAGCAAAUUCGCUUCUCGGGGGUGGGACCAUGAGCGAGGAUGCUACCCGAAAGGUCCCCAAGCCACCCAUACAAUUGACAUUCCGACCCAGUGCCCAUUUCGCCGUUCGCAAAGAGCAGAUACAAAUGCAUCCACAAUCAACGUACUAUGCAUUGUUGCAACAGCUCCGGCAUUCCAAUCUCAUUGGUGACUAUCCUGGGGCCCGGGAGUUCUGUUGUGCCAUGGAACGCAUGUGGCAUAUCUUCUUUGGAGAGCCCGCCAUCUUACCCAAGAGAGCUAGUGCAUCAGAUCUUCUCAACAUUACAGAGUGUGAAAUGUGUCAUCAUCCAGAGCAGGCCAAUCCGCACUAUGCUAGCUAG